GGAAUUGCGUUCAAAACACCCUGGCGCUUUCCCGAAUGCUAGUUGAGUGGAAGGCGGGUGUUUCUGCAGUGAAGUGGGGUUACCGUCGCGAAUCUGGGCGCUGUGAGCUGUCAGCACGAGCCGCCGGAUGCAGCAGCAAGAGAAAGGGUAGACUAAAAAUAGGAAAAAAGUCAUGGAGGCAGAUAUAAUUGCAGAUCUUCGAUGCAAACUCAAAGAGGUUGAGGAAGAGCGACUGCGAGCUGCACAGUAUGGUUUACAGCUUGUGGAGAGCCAGACUGAACUGCAGAAUCAGUUGGAUAAAUGUCGUCAUGAAAUGAUGACCAUGACUGAGAAUUAUGAACAAGAAAAAUACACUCUUCAGAGAGAAGUAGAGCUCAAGAGUCGAAUGUUAGAAAGUUUGAGCUCUGAAUGUGAAGCUAUUAAACAACAACAAAAGAUACACCUGGAGAAAUUAGAAGAACAGUUGAGCAGAAGCCAUGGACAGGAAGUGAAUGAACUAAAAAAUAAGUUAGAAAAGCUGAAAGCAGAAUUAGACGAAGCUAGGCUUAGUGAAAAGCAGUUGAAGCACAAAGUGGAUCACCAGAAGGAACUCCUCUCCUGUAAAUCAGAGGAAAUGCGGAUAAUGUCUGAACGUGUGCAUGAAAGCAUGUCUUCAGAGAUGCUGGCUCUUCAAAUUGAGCUGACUGAAAUGGAAAGUAUGAAGACCACCCUCAAAGAAGAAGUGAAUGAACUCCAGUACAGACAAGAACAACUGGAACUUCUUAGUACUAAUCUACUGCGCCAGGUGGACCGGCUUAAAGAAGAAAAAGAGGAGCGGGAGAAAGAAGCAGUUGCAUACUAUAAUGCCUUAGAGAAAGCUCGUGUAGCAAAUCAAGAUCUUCAGGUACAGUUAGACCAGGCACUCCAGCAAGCCUUGGACCCCAGUAGUAAAGGCAACUCUUUGUUUGCAGAGGUAGAAGAUCGAAGGGCAGCAAUGGAACGUCAGCUUAUCAGCAUGAAAGUCAAAUAUCAGUCACUAAAGAAGCAAAAUGCAUUUAAUAGAGAACAGAUGCAAAGAAUGAAGUUACAAAUUGCCACAUUGCUACAAAUGAAAGGGUCUCAAACUGAAUUUGAGCAGCAGGAACGGUUGCUUGCCAUGUUGGAGCAGAAGAAUGGUGAAAUUAAACAUCUCUUAGGUGAAAUUAGAAAUCUGGAGAAAUUUAAGAGUUUAUGUGAAAAUAUGGAAUCUAAGCCUGCAGCCAACUCUAAUGCUCUGGAAGAUAACACUUACUACACAGAUUUACUUCAGAUAAAGCUUGACAACUUAAACAAAGAAAAUGAAAGCACUAAAGGUGAAUUAUCCAUACAGAGAAUGAAAGCAUUAUUUGAGAGCCAGCGGGCUCUGGAUAUUGAACGAAAACUUUUUGCAAAUGAAAGAUGCCUCCAGGUUUCCCAAAGUGAAAAUAUGAAACUGAGAGCUAAACUAGAUGAGAUAAAACUGAAGUAUGAACCUGAAGAGAAAAUUGAAGUGCCUGUAGUCAAAAAAAGGCGUGAAGUACUGCCUGUGGAUAUGACCACCCCUAACAAUAUAUGUGCUGUUGGGGAAGAAGUUUAUAGAUUACCAUCUCAGAAGGAGGAGGCACAGUCCUGUCCUAGCAAUUUAGAAGAUAACUUGCAGUUAGAAAAGACAGUUUUUAUAAAUACACCAGGAGUCAUUCUCUCUCCUCACAAAGAUCUGUCCAUGGAUAUUCAGCCAAUGAAGGAAAAGAAAUGUGUGAAACUUACAGGAGUUCCAGCGGACUCUGAAGGCUUAAGUGAAAGAAGUGGAAACACCCCUAACUCUCCCAGGUCAGUGUCAUCUUUUCUUCAAGGCAAACAGCAGACCUCUCCAUCUCUUCUCUAUCGCUGCAUGAACUGUGCUAUCUGUUUUUUUAUCUAUUUUCUUAGUAUUGCAUGUAGUAUAAUUCCUCAAUUUCAUCUGCCUACCUUCAACUUUUCUAAAACUUUAAGAAAGACUAAAAUGAUUGCAAGGGGAAAGGACUCGUGAAUAAGGGAAUUAUUUUUAAAAGUUAUACUUUUCUGUUUCAUGAAACAGAAAUAUCACAGUCUGGUAUAUCACUGGAUGUUUUGUUGGUUUGAAUAAAUACAUGGUUUUUUCCCUGGCUCGAGAAGGGCCUUGAAAAAAUUAGCUUACCUCCUACAAGAGCUUUCCAGUAAUCUAAAAAGUUUCAGCCUUACAGAAAAUUUUUAGGUUAAAUGUUUGUGGUUUUUGAAAUUGUUUAUUCUAAACCUUCAAGAAUGAGCUUUGGUAUGUAUUUUGAUAUUUUUAAAUAGCAAAUGUAAUUCAUUUUCAUUUCAUACCAAAACUUUAAAGCCUCUAGUUUCUGUAUAUUUGAGUUUGUGACUAAAAGAGAAAGUGUCAGACAUGUAUGUAUGUAGGAAUUAAUGUUUUAAGGGACUUAUCCUUAAGAAAUCAACAGAGGUCAGGAGGUAAGAGAAGGUAAGUGGAAGGACAAGGUAGGAAACAGUGCCUGAGGCUAGAGUGGAAUAAGAUAAAGGUUCUGGAUGUGCACGGCAGGACAGAGUGGGGAAAAAGUGAAUGAGGAAGAUGGAGAAGGUAAAAAAAGAUAACAUGAUGAAGGAUGUCUUUAUGCAACAGAAUGAUAGAUGCAUUUAAAAUAAUUUCUUUAGACGUUUAAAAAAUGAGGCAUUUUGAUAUGUAAAUAGCUUGGAUAAUCUGCUAUGAAAGGAGAUCUUUAAAUUGCUACUAGGGCUACAUCAGUCUUUGAUGGAUGGGGACAGAAUAAGACAUUUUACUGGUGUACAUUUGCAUUGAAAUAGUACGACAUAGCCCACCUUAUGUAAAAGAGCUUUAUGUGUAUUUUAUCUGAUUUCUCUUCCAAGUGUUCAGUGCUACUAAGUGUGUAGUACUCUAUUAAGUGUGAGAGCAUUUCCAUAAUGUUGGCUGCUAUUAUAAAGAGGAGUAAUUGAGUACUCCAUUCCUUACAUUUUUAUAUAAUAACAUUAUAAGCCACAUAAAACAAAAGCUUGAUAUUCUCAAGGAAAAAGUAACUUCAGAUGAAUGAUAUCUCCCACACACAUGUUCUCUAGGAAGUUUUGUAAUGAAUUCAACAGGUUAUGCUUGUAUAUAUUUAAUUCACUGUGUAAGUGUGCUUGCCCAUUGUUUAUUUCUGGAGGAGGGUUUCCAGAAUUGAUCAGUGAAAACCUUGCUAUCUGUGUUGUCUUCAUUACUUUUUCUGCCUUUUUUGCUUGAUAAAAAUUAUGUAUUUAGCUACUUGUUUGACUCAAAUUAACUAGCACAUUGCAAUUAUUUUCUCUUGCUAGUUAAACAGAAACAAAUAAAAUGCCACAAAACAUGUGUUUUUGUGUGUGUGUGAUUCUGUCUGCUAACUUAAGACGUUUCCAACCUUUUGCUUUAUGCAUGAUUAACUUAGACACAAUCCUAUGAUAAUAUUGUAACUAAACAAGUUUUAUUGAGGACUUCACUACUGCAUGCAUUAUAAAUUUCAUUGAUGUCCUUUCUAUAAAAUAUCUUUAUAGGUUUUUAAAAAUAUUUCUCCUCUGUUUAUUUUUUAUUAAAUUAUUGUUCUGCUAGUUGAAACUCUAUUUUAGUUUUUUCUGAUGAGACAAAUAGAUAACUAUUCAUGCAGCCCAGGAUUUCAUGUUAUUUUUAUCUUAUAUUUGCCUUUUAUAUGUCAUGUUACAUUAAAAUAGUGCUCUAGCAUUUAUAUAUUUUUUGUUAGGUGUGCUUAUCAUGAUAGGCACCCCUAUUAUAUUUUAUUCUUAAUUUAGGCUUUGUCAUGACUUUAUCAACCCUGAAGGUAUUUCUUUAGAUAUUUAAAAAACUAAGUCUACUGAUAUUAAAAAACUCUUUCAGAGAUGCAGUG